CUGGGGUAAUAUCAUUUUUCUCAUUGGCCACUUGUGUGUGGGCCAAAUGCUCCAAAUUGAAAGUUCUCUCACCCACCACCUUUUCCUACCAGUACCUAGGUGCCUUACCUUCCAAGAAACCAGCUCUAACGUGAAUUUCGCGCAGAGCAUAAGGUACCCACGAUGCUGACAUGAACCGAAUUCCGAUAUUGUGUCCCGCGAUUCGAGGAAUUCCAAUGCUUCGACGAUGCACUAUCCCUCACUGUACCGGCGCUCGGGUGUGUGCCCUGCCGCAAGCUCACCAAGUGGCAUCUGGAUCGCCAAUACCCUAUUAGCCCGAGCCAUUCAGCGAUUCCAACGCUUCGAUCCGAUUCCUAGCCGAUGCUUGAGCUCAUAUGCCGGGCCUCUCGAGAGCCGACGUCGUUUGGGCAAGCGACAUAUGGUUGUCGUUGUUCCCAAUUCUCAUGCUUCACCCUUUCCUUGGAGGAUCGAAGUGCCCGUUAAUCUCGGCGAGUGGACCUGGGAGGCUCCUGUUGCACCGAAUGACCGUCAUAAAAAAAGGAUUGGUCUGUUCGAGCGCUUUCUCAGGAACCUCGAGGACAUGGGACACGAAAAAAAUACCAACCUUGCAGCUGCUACACCACCACCGGUGGAGGCGGAUCUGGUGCCCGCGGCAGUAACUCUCACAUCAAUAGAACAGGCCCGGGGUGAUAUGAACGAGCGACUCGCCAAAUUUUACAAGUUCGAAGACGAAAAAGCACUGAAGAAGAUAUGCGAGCCUUAUGUUCUUCAAAUCUUGAAGAUGGUCGAGGAAAGGACGAUUUCCAACGACGACCUUAUCCGGGCUCUCGAUCCAUUCGACGACCAUCUCAGGCAACGAGCGCCGGCCAAAGUCCUUGAUAAUAGGGUUGCCAAACAAUGGGUCUACAUAAUCCACGCUAUGUAUCGUACCCGGACCACCUCAACUGGAGAUUUGUAUGGGAGCCAUAUUUGGCACCAGUGCCUCAAAACAAUAUUGCAAAUGGCACCCCAGCCCUCUACGUUCCAUUGCCUUGAGGAGCUACUGAGAUUGAUUGCCCUAUACGAAAAAAUACAACUAGAUACAUGUGACUACCUCGACCUAAUGCAUAACCAUAACCGACUGGAAAUGGCACAGGGCGAACAAUAUCCUACACGACCUAUAUCAUUCCGCCUCUUGCGCCGCAGUAUGCAAUUGACUCGAUUAAUUUCUGCCCGAGGUCUGACGCGAAUGGAGACAUUUGAAGCUUUGACCAAACAUUGCUUCCAGUUCGUCGAUGAGACCACAGACCAACGUACGUUAGCUUUUCAGCUAUUGUUGAAAUUGGCGGCAGUUCCAGGUCUCAAGGCAGAUGAAUUCUCUACCCUCGCAGGCAAUGUUCACAACAUGCAAGAUUGGGCAGAAUCAGAAGUUUGGCAAUUCAUGGCUAUUCGUCUUAUGAGCACGACGCAGGGAGGAAUACGGCCUGAGCAAUUAUACAAAUGGAUUACCGGGCCUACACAGUUACACUGCUGGGCAGCAAUGCUUCAGGACUCUCGUCAUAGAGAAACCAAGAAACGCAUAGCGAACUUGAGGGCGCUUACACAUACCAGUGAAACCUUUGGACGCCUUGAUACAUUGAUCAAGUCGAUUCGACUGGUGAGCGAUCAUCAUGGGAUUAUAAAAGAUAUGAUGAAGAUGGAGAAAGACCCGUAUUGUGCCGUCAUGCUUUGGGAAUCAUAUAACGCAGGAGCGUCAGUUAAGCAUAAAUUCCCUUGGUACAUGUGGGCACGACAUGCAGAAGCCAUAGUAACGCAUCCGGACCUACCACCGGACCUCAUCUGGCAGAUCGCUGAAUUUUGCUCAUCAAAGACUGCUACCCGGCUGAAAGCCCCCAUCGUACGGAAUCUUGUGUUUAUGAUGGACUUCCUGGAAGAGAUAUGUCAGUUCUACAUGAAGAAACCCGGCCUGACAACCCGACAGCGCCUAAGAUAUAUCGAGACCGCAAUCAAUUGGGGCAAAAGGACUGGACAGCACAUGUCACAGCCCGCGAUACAAAUUCUAGCUGAGAUUCUGCUUCAAGAUCUCGAGGAGGGUAAGAUGGGCCGCAAGACACGGCUUCGAUAUUUGGUCAAAAAGAUUAGGCAUUUCUAUGGAAAAGAGCAGGCAGCAAAGGUUGCCGUCUCACUUGAUGGGUGGAGAUGGACCAACAGGCGUAGAAGAGGGGAGAUGCCACGAAUGCCAGCGCCAACGAGGAAGGCGCAUUUCAAAUCAGAAGAACCGACCAAGGAGCUCCUAGAAGAUUCAAUGCAACUAACUCUGGAAGAGAGCCUGAAAAGACCCCUUCGACAAGCAUGGGAGCAGACCCUGCCACCCAUCGGACGAGUUAGGUACGACAUCGAGAGCAAGGAAACACGAGAAGACGAGGACAACAGGGUGGAAGAUGACCGUACUUUGGAAUCUAUCAUGAAGGCUCAACGACGAAAGGCAGAGGCCAACUCCGCGAUAGGUUCAAGCUUUUAGGUAAUGCAUGAUGUGGUUCUUGUUAACAUAUAAUACCCCAAGGAGAGAAGAAGAAAGAGUAUUCCAUCAAUUUUGAUGAGAAAAGUUUAAAAACGCUGAGCGCCUCGUGAACAUAGGUCCAUGUGGAACUUGGCAGAACCCAUAGGCCCGAAGAAUAAAGGAACGAAUACGAACAUAGAAUCGCCUAUGCGGCAGUAGACAGCUUUUGAUACGCAUGCCUGACAAUCUUUUUAGGGAUAAUAGAUAAUUUGGAUUGAUGUGAUGCAAGGCAACUUGCAAGAACAAAUCAAAAGACGUAUCAGACUAUUGACGAAGAAAUCAUGAGACCGUGUCAUUAUCAAAUCUAAUUUACAG